GUGAUAUUCGUUAUAUACCGACGGGUACACCUGUGUACAAGGUGGUGAUCGAUAUUUAAUGUGUACAUAUUAUGGCCAAAAUAAAUGGAAAUAUUGGGUACACCUUACACGGGAUCAUUCUGGCGUUAUGUGUCAUCAACACUGUGUUACUGACAUUUAACUACGGCGUCUACAAACUUCACCACGACGACUUUUCGGUAUUUUUCUACAACGUGAACCUUUCCUUCUAUCUGAUGAAGCCAGACAUACCCUUCAAAGUCCAUGUGUUCCUCCUGCUGGUCGGGGGCUACAUUCCAGGGGUCAGUGGCCUGGGUCUUAUUAUGGUCAACAAGAAGAUGUCUAGCAACGUUCGUCUUGUUCACUUAGUGAGCGCUGUUGGUGGCACGAUAUGUAUGGCAGUGCUGAUGAUAACGGAGGCCACCAGUAUACAUGAGAUCCAUUCCGUGUCGUGCGGUUACUACUGGGGCUACUGCUCGUGUGGAGACUUUUACUUCAAUACAAUCAGCCCAGCAGUGUGUGUCAUGAAGCAGGUGAGGAUCACGUAUCUGGCGCUGCUGUGUAUCAACCUCGUCUGUGACGUCAUCAGUCUGUCUUUCUCAACUAAAAUGGGGAAGGAUGUCCCGGUCAGACACAGCAAUAUUACAAUGGUGGCGCCCCGGUCGCAAACAACUUACCAAUCUUAGCUCUACAAUAGUGUUGUGCAUCAUAUGGGUGAUGUGCUCUACGGUGUUUGGUACGGAAGAAGACAGACUCGUAUUUGAUGCUAUGUCAAGGCGUGCAUUAAAGGUUAUUUUGACAUUGCUUGGAAUGACGUUCGAUGAAAUGUGAUUUAACAAGGCGUUGAAGAUUGGCGUAUUCCUCUGACAUCAACAAUUAUACUUCUUCGUUGACGUAUUGGUGCGCUGUAUUUAACAUUGGUGUGUAUUGAACGUCUUUGAUAAACGUGACAUCAACAAUUAUAUUUCUUCGUUGACGUAUUGGUGCGCUGUAUUUAACAUUGGUAUUUAUUGUACGUCUUUCAGAAACGUGACAUUCAGAGUUUCUAUCAAGUCGUGUCACUUGAAUUAAUCUAUGAAAUAGCAGGUACUAUAUUGGAUGCAUUCUAAUAUCUUACUCACAUAAAUGCUCUUCUUUUAAU